GCGUCCUUUUCCUGAUCUCAUUACAUCUAUCAAAGGGAUUGCAUGCUACGGCCCGAGGUGCUUUAUGUAUCUUUGAGGAAUACCUUGCUUCCAUGAUGGAUGCAUCGGACCUGUGCUGAGCACAGAGCCUAGGCUAAAAAUGGGGGCACAGGAUGUCAGUGACCCCUCGAUUGACCAAAAGCUGCAGAAGAGGCAUUCCGAUUCUCACUGGGACAGCGGUGUCUCAAACAAGCCUUUUGCAGUUCCUCGUAAAGUCUUGGACCACCUGAAAGCUGCAGCUUACUCGUCCCACUACAUCAAGAUGAGGGACGGUGUCAAUAUCGCAGCAGAUUGCAUGCUCCCAAGCAGAAAGGCAGCAGGCAGUCCAGUGCCGACUGUCUUUUUCCAGACGAGGUACAUGCGGGGCAUGCGGCUGCGCUGGCCCCUCAAGAAGUUCACCAAUGGCCGCCCAGUGGACCCCAUAAACUUUGAGCUUAAGGCCGCCCUGCUCGCCGCUGGCUAUGCCGUUGUGACCAUUGACGUGCGCGGCACGGGUGCUUCCUUUGGGCAGUGGCGCAUGCCCUGGGCGCCUGCAGAGCGGGAAGAUUCCAUUCAGGUCAUUGACUGGAUCACACAGCAGAGCUGGAGCAAUGGGCAGGUGGUUUUGUCCGGAGUCUCAUAUGAAGCCACAGCGGCCCUAUUCACUCUCAGCCAGCAUCAUCCCGCUCUGAAGGGUUGCCUGGCCCAGUAUCCCUUCUGGGACCUUUUCAAUGACAUAGCCAUGCCCGGAGGCAUUGCGAACCGGAGCUUUGUCCAGGAGUGGGACUGCUUCUGCAAGGCCAUGGACAGCAACAACUUCAUGAAGCUGCCUGGCCACUCUGCCCUGCCCCUCAAGCUGAUGUCCAAGGGUUGUGCGCUGGUGAUCGAGAAUGGAGCAGCAAAUCAGGGCAAUGCUGAUGGCGCAGCAGAUGCUGCUGAGACCCACAAACAAGCUGCAGAGCAGACUGCGAAGCCUUCACACAGGCAGCACAAGUCCCAAAAGGCAGCGGCCAAGGCAAAGCUGAGAGCCGCCCUAAAGGAGCAUGUCAGCUGGGAGCCGGCUGAGGCCGGGCGCAUGAUCCGCUUCACAGAUCAGCUGGAUGCGUUCUCUGGCGUCUCUGCAACUCAGAUCAGCGCAUGUUCUGUGGCGGACAAGAUCGCCUCUUCAGGCAUACCUCUGGCCCUCAUGUCCGGGUGGAUGGACCAGACCGCCUUCUCCAGCAUCCACGCCUUCUACCACACUGCAAAGGCUCCCGGCAGCGAGUUGGUGAUCGGCCCCUGGUCCCACAGCGGCUUCCUGGACAACCGAGUGGGCCACGGCGUCACCGGCUGCCGCUCCAAGUUCAACCACCUGACCCACAUCCUCGCCUUCUUCGACCGCUGCUGUGGCCGCUCCUCGCCCCCGGAGACCGUGGCCGCCCUCGCCAACGCUGAAGCCUCCAACGAAAGCACCGACGGCACAGGGGAGACCGGCGCUGUGGCUGCGGUGUCAGCGGCAGUGAAUGGGCAGCCGAAUGCACUCGCGCCUGCCAAUGGCGCCAGUGCUGCAGCGUCUAAGGCAGUGCUGAAGACUGCAGGCGCCCUGGAAGGCGCAGCAGCCGGAGGUAGUAAGGCGAGGGAUGACGAAAGCAGCAGUGCAAGCAGCGGCAAUUCUGGAUCCAGGAGUGCUUCAGAGCAGGCAGAGGCUAGCAAUGGAGCCAUCAGCACGUCAUCGGAUGCAGCGGACGACUCAUCUCCGGUGCAUUAUUACGUGAUGGGGCCGAGCCCUCGGUGGCAGAGCGCCCCCAGCUGGCCGCCGCCAAAUUUGGCGCCAGAGCCACUGAAGCUUCUACUGGGUGUGCAUGAAAGGGGCAGUGAUACUAGCCAAGGCAACACUGGAGCACCAGUGGAGGUGGCUGAGGGGGUGAAGGGUGUGUUGAGCGAGGGAGCGGCAAUGACUGAAACCCGGCGCUGGCAGCACAAGGGCUUCACAAGGUAUGACGCAAUGAUAAGGCUGACGCGGCCGAUCCGCUACACGCAUCUGCGCUCGUGCGGCCACCUGACAUUCGUGGGGGCACCCCUGUCAGCAGACCUGGUCGUUAUUGGGCCCCCCGAGGUGGCCCUCUGGGUGACGUCCAGCGACAGCGACGCCGACCUCUUUGUGUACCUGGAAGACGAAGAUCCUGUGACCGGCAAGGCCAGGUAUGUGACGGAGGGAACGUUCAGGGCGAGCCACAGGGCGGAGUGCAGCGCGGAGGGGACGCCGCGAGAAGCUGCGCACAUCGAGGGAGCACCCUUCCACAGCUUCCUGGCAGCCGCCGCGCAGCCGCUACCGGCCGGGGAAGCUGCGCGCGUCCGCUUCCAGCUCAUGCCCACCGCCUACCGCUUUGCCAAGGGUCACCGCGUGCGCCUGGCCAUCUCUGGAGCAGACUCAAAGCACUUCCAUGUCGACCACAAGGGGUCGCGCACAAUCUGGAUCCACACCGGAGGCAGCACAGAAUCCUGCCUGCACCUGCCCCAUGCAGCCACGUAG